GUUUGUUGUCGAGUCACUGCUGUCUUCGUCAGGGUAUAAACAGUUUUAGGUCUACUGUACAGACCAACAGCUUUCAUACUCACAACGAGAAACCCAUGUUUUAAUCUGUUUUCUCUGAUCGUCCAGUUCUAUUGCUGUCAGGGUUUCUGAAGACAUUAUUAUCCCAAUGAUGUCCUCGUCAUCACAAGGAUCCAAGUCGACAUUUAUUGUCUAUUCUUUUUGUUUUGUCUUCUGUUUGCUGGUUGUCAAGGAAACUCUGUAUGAACGUAUCACUUUGAUGACGUUUACAGCUCAUCAUUAUCACGUCACGAAAUUUGCGGACAUGGGUAACCAAAUGCUGACAUCAAUAACAGGUAAUUACGUCAUCAAAUCCAAAAUGGCUUUUGAUGAAGUACUUAGGCCUACUAUCAAUAAAAGUCGUGAACAUAAUGAUGUCAAUGGUCAAGCAUUGAAAAAGAAGCAUGUUCCCAAAACUGGGCGCAACAAGACAAAGGCCAAAAAAGCGCCCGUAAAGAAACCUAAGCUUAUGAAAGUACCACGUGACUCUAAAGUUAUUCUGUGGUAUGUGAAACCACGAUUUAUUCAGUAUUCAGCUGAACUUUUCCCUCUGAAAAGUUGUCCCUGGAAAUGUGUAGAAACAACAAACCGUGCUUACUACAACCAGAGUCAUGCGGCAAUAUUCGUAGCUCAAACCAUGCGACUUGAUCCACCUAAACGUUUUCGUUCAGAUCAAGUAUUUGUUCUUCACAACCACGAGUCGCCGCACGAGGGAUGGCGGAAAAGGCCGAGCUUCAGGAAGGUUGCUUGGCAACAUGAAAUAAACUGGACGAUGUCCUAUCGACUGGAUUCAGACAUUGUUUACCCAUAUGGAUUGAUAACAAAACGUAAAUUACCUACUAAUAAAAACUAUACAGACAUUAUAAAGAAAAAAACGAAAGUAGGAGCGUGGAUGACGUCACACUGUCGAACCUCUGGCAAGCGGGAACAAUAUGUUCAAGUGCUACGGAACUAUUUGUCCGUUGAUAUUUGGGGGCAGUGUGGAAAAAAAUGUCCACGAAGUUCUGAAUCAAAAUGUCGAAAGAUUAUAACCAACGAUUACAAGUUUUAUCUCUCUUUUGAAAACGCCAUUUGUGAUGAUUACGUCACAGAGAAGUUCUUCCGUCAAUUUAACGAAGAUCUGAUAACCGUGGUUCGUGGUGGGAAAACAUAUUCCCAGAUCGCACCAAAGGGUGUUUAUGUCGAUGCUGCUGAUUUUAAAUCACCGAAAGACCUGGCGAGAUAUCUGAAUCAGUUAAACCAGAAUGACACUUUAUAUGAAGCGCUGCUUAGGCGAAAAGACCAAUAUAAAGCAGAAUUCGAAAAAUACGAACUGAGAAGUGGUCGCCAUCUUUUGUAUACGAAUUAUCAUUACAAGAUGGCGUCUAUGUGUAAUCUAUGUGAACGAUUAUGGAACGUUAAUAAGUAUCGUAAGGUUUACCAUGACAUUAAGGCGUGGUUUGAUCUCAAGCUGUGUCGGACGCCAACAGAUUAUAGCCAACAUUAAUCCUAGGAUAAGUAGUGGUCGCCAUCUUUUUUAUACAAGAUGGCGUCAAUAUGUAAACUGUGUGAACAGUUAUAAAUAACUUGUAUCGAACGCCAACAGAUUAUAGCCAACAUUAAUCCCAUGCUGGUUUCGAUCAGAAUGUAUUUCUUUUUUAUCUCAAUAAUUUGUAAUUAAAUUUCAAGUA